GCUUUCAUCUUUAUCACAAGUUACCCUCAAUUGUACCUGAAAGCUGUCUCCUUAUUCUGGUUGGAUUGCUUCUUGGCGGGAUUAUUUUUGGAGCAGAGGAGAAGUCCCCACCUGUAAUGAACAGUGAUGUUUUUUUCUUGUAUCUUUUACCACCCAUUGUACUCGAUGCUGGAUAUUUUAUGCCAACUCGUCUUUUCUUUGAGAACUUUGGUACCAUAUUCUGGUAUGCUGUGGUGGGCACGCUCUGGAAUGCCAUUGGCAUUGGGAUUUCACUUUAUGGAAUCUGCCAGAUCAGUGCGUUUGGUUUGACUGAUAUCACAUUGCUGCAGAAUUUGCUCUUUGGCAGCCUCAUUUCAGCUGUGGAUCCUGUGGCGGUGUUAGCUGUUUUUGAGAAUAUUCAUGUCAAUGAGCAGCUUUACAUCCUGGUGUUUGGAGAGUCUUUGCUGAAUGAUGCUAUAACUGUGGUCCUGUACAAUUUGUUCAAGUCUUUCUGCCAGAUGCACACAAUUAAGGUUAUUGACAUAUUCGCUGGGAUUGCUAACUUCUUUAUAGUGGGGAUCGGUGGAGUAUUGAUUGGAAUCCUUUUGGGAUUUGUAGCAGCCUUUACCACCCGUUUCACCCAUAAAAUCCGAGUGAUUGAGCCACUCUUUGUCUUCCUGUACAGUUACUUGUCAUACAUAACAGCUGAAAUGUUUCAUCUCUCAGGCAUCAUGGCGAUUACAGCUUGUGCCAUGACCAUGAAUAAAUACGUGGAAGAAAAUGUUUCUCAAAAAUCCUAUACAACAAUAAAGUAUUUCAUGAAGAUGCUGAGCAGUGUCAGCGAAACCUUAAUCUUCAUCUUCAUGGGAGUGUCCACAGUUGGGAAGAACCAUGAGUGGAACUGGGCCUUCGUUAGCUUCACCCUCCUUUUCUGUUUAAUCUGGAGGGCACUGGGUGUUUUUGUUCUGACUCAGAUCAUCAAUGUUUUCCGAACAAUUCCUCUCACUUUUAAGGACCAAUUUAUUAUUGCCUAUGGAGGCCUCCGAGGAGCUAUUUGUUUUUCACUUGUAUUUCUUCUUCCUCCUGCUGUGUUUCCCAGGAAGAAAUUGUUCAUCACUGCUGUUAUUGUGGUGAUAUUCUUUACCGUUUUCAUUCAGGGAAUAACAAUUCGCCCACUGGUGGAGUUUCUUGAUGUCAAAAGGUCAAACAAAAAGCAGCCUGCUGUCAGUGAAGAAAUUUAUAACAGGUUCUUUGACCAUGUGAAGACUGGAAUUGAAGAUGUGUGUGGACACUGGGGUCACAACUUUUGGAGAGAUAAGUUUAAAAAGUUUGACAAUAAAUACCUGCGAAGACUUCUAAUCCGGGAGAACCAGCCCAAAUCCAGCAUUGUUUCUUUAUACAAGAAGCUGGAAAUCAAACAUGCCAUUGAAAUGGCAGAGAGUGGAAUGAUAAGCAAGGUCCCAUCUUCGGUGUCUCUCAGUGAAUAUCAUGAAGGAAAGAUAAAGCCUCUUUCUCCCACUGAAAUGGAAAAUAUGCGGGAAAUAUUAACGAAGAAUCUCUACCAAAUACGACAUAGAACAAUGUCAUAUAACCGACAUAGCCUGGCUGCAGAUGCAAAUGAAAAGCAGGCCAAAGAAAUCCUGAUCCGUCGCCGGCAUAGCCUUAGGGAGAGCUUGAGGAAAACGAACAGCCUGUCAAGAGAAAGACCGGCUGCUGCAAAUACAAAAAGAUUCCUUUCACUUCCUAAAAACACUAAACUCCCAGAGAAACUACGAGUGAGAAAUAAAACAUCUUCCAGAGUGGGUGACAGCAGUGACUCUGAGAUGGAUGCUGCUACCACAGUGCUCAAUCUAAGACCCAGAGCAGGGAAAAUCUUGAGAGACCAGAGACUGAGACAGCAGAGGCCACUGCCUGAGUUUAGGGUGGAGUGGAAGAACGAAGUUGACGGGAACCGGGAUGGCCAAGGAGAGCAGCAGGAGCCAAGUGCCUUACCUCAGCCAUCCAUUGGGUUCAGGCAGCCACUGCUGACAAGACCAAGAUUUGGCACUUUGAGUGGGGAAGAUUUGACUGCAGACCAUGAGUCAGCAAGACCUAUGCCACCACCACGGUUAGUUAGGCAGGCAUCGCAAGGGGAGAAGCAGAGAAACAAGCCUGAGAACCAGAUGUACUGAACAUGGCAAAAAGAAAACUAUUGGUAAUAGACCAUGGAUGUAUUGAAUUAGGAUUCUAUCUGAUCAGACUAUGGGAUCCAUUAGAAAAGAAAAAAGGCUCAAUAUGGAUCUAACCACUUCCAUUGGGUAAAGUCAAUGCCAUCAACUAAGUGAAAGCAGUACUGGAGCAACUGCAGAGCUGAAGAUACAAAAAAAAAAUUAUCUCUUUUAUGAAUAACUUACAUCAAUGCUUUAAUUACUUUAUUUCCACUAUUAAGACAGGAUGGAAAUGUGCCUUAUCACAUCGUCUCUUGUGGAACCGAGUCAUGCUGUUCAAUACCCAGUUAUCCAUUGAAAAUUAUUGUUGAAAGUCUGGUAAUGAAUGGAUUCUUAAAAAAAUUUUGAAUCAUUUCAGAUUUUAUUUAUAAUCAAAUAAUACUUUUUUUAACCAGAGCUUUAUUAUGAGUAACACUGAAAACUGCACAUUGCACCUAUCGUAUAGACUUUGUAAGAAGAAUAAAUAUAUUCCUGAAGUGCAGUUUGUUUGAAGAGCUGUGAUGGAGCAAAAGAGGAAGAGAACGAAUAAGCUGUAGGAGCAGAACUGCAAAUACAGUUUAUAGAAAAGAGUUGUAACAGAGACAAGACCUGAAUAGCUUGAAUUUUUACUUUCUGAAUUUUUGGCAAUAUGUUACCUUUGAAAGGUACCGAGGAUCACCAAGGAAAUCUGAAUUACCUUGACUUUCAGUAAUGUCAACAAGAGCUGAGAGCACCUAGCAGAAGCCCUAAAAAGAGGAACCUUCAAGCAGAUAAAUAAUGUACUUAUUAAAAACAGCUUUUUGCACCUUAUUUUCUUGGUUGCAGUGCAAGCACAGCAGUAGAAUAGUUGCAGAGCAUUGCAUGUAGACAAAGCGAGCAGUCUGAGUCAGGGACCACUGAGGCUCAAGAAAGCUCAUUCACUCAUGCUUGUGACCCUGGUCAACUUGUUUUACUUUUUGUUUCCUUAUCUGUAAAAGGGGAAAGAUAAUAUUUUCUUUGUCU